AUGGCUCCCAGACCCAACGUGAUGGCGCCCAUCCUCAAAGGCCGACUGAUGUUCUUCGACGAAACCGCCUGGGAUCAAGCAGACAACAUCCUUCACAAAUGGAAAACCACGCUCUUCACGACGGAGAGCAUUCAAAGAAUCACGAACCUCCUCUCCCAUAAACCCAGCCCCUAUCGACUCUUCCCACCCCAAAAGGGCUCCUUCAACAUGGUCAUCCGCCUCCAAUUCACAGACCACACCUCCUCAAUAAUCCGCUUCCCCAUCCCAGGCUACUCGAUCUUCCCCGAAGAAAAAGUCACCGCCGAAGUCGCCGUCAUGCGCUUCCUCCAAACAACCACCAUCCCCGUCCCAACCGUCCACACGGUAAACACAGACCCCAUCUUAGGCCCCUACAUAAUAAUGGGCUACAUCGACCACGACUCCGAUCUCGUCGACGCCCUCAACACCCCCACCAUCCCCUGGAAAGACCGACCAAUCCUCGACCCCAACAUCUCCACCCCCGUCCUCCGCUCAGUCUACCGCCAAAUGUCCACCCUCCUCCUCGAACUCUCCCGCCACAAAUUCCCCUCCAUAGGCAGCCUCUCCCACAUCAACAACGAAUGGGUCAUCCAAACCCGCCCGCUAAGCAUCAACAUGAACGAACUCGUCCAAGUGGGCUGUGUCGAUCCGGCCGAUCUCCCGCGUGGUCCGUUCUCCAGUGGAGCGGGGUACGUGCUCACGCUUGCAGAGCUGCAUAUGGCGCAUUUAUCUGCGCAGCGCAACGACGCCAUUGAAGGAUGGGACGAUUGCCGCGUGAAGUACAUUGCGCGCUGUUUGUUUCGCCGCUUAGCGCGCGAAGGUCGUCUUACUUCGUGUGAGGGUGAGUAUUCGCUCUUCUGUGAUGAUUUGCGCCCUGCGAAUGUCCUUGUUGAGAAUGGCCGGAUUGCAGCUGCUAUUGAUUGGGAGUUUACGUAUGCGGCUCCGUUGGAGUUUGUGCGCGCGCCGCCUUGUUGGCUUUUGUUGGAGAGGCCGGAGUAUUGGGUUGGUGGGAUUGAUGAGUGGGAGGGGGCUUAUGUGGAGAGAUUGGAGGUGUUUUUGGAGGAGUUGGAGGGUGUUGGGGGGGUAGAGCUGGCGGGGCAUAUGAGGAGGAGUUGGGAGAGUGGGGAUUUCUGGGUGAGUUAUGCUGCGAGACGGAGUUGGGCUUUUGAUAUUGUUUAUUGGGCGCGGAUUGAUAGGAGGUUCUUUGGGGAGGGGACGUUGGAGGAUCGGGUUGCGUUGUUGACGCAGGAGGAGAGGGAUGAGAUGGAUGCGUUUAUUAGGAGGAAAUUGCAUGAGAUGGAGGUCGGUGGAUUGAAGAGUAGUUCUGGAUCUCCUGAGAUACCCGUCUGUUGA